AUGGGCGGUCACGCCGCGCUCUAUACUCGCACGUCUUCCCCGAAGUCUGGCUGUCUGCGUCUAUUGCGCGGACUUCGCUCUCUCCGUUCGCAUUCCACGCGGUGUACACAACCAGUUCGACUCGCCGCAAUGUAUACGCAUUUGAUUGCGAUUGAACACCUGAAAACAAAGUGGCCGAACAAGUCAUUGCAGCGGGGGAAUUCGCACCAAACUGCCUCGUACGGCCAUCGAAUGUCAGACAAUUGUGCUGUAAUUUUGAAUUUGGGUUGUCCUCGUCUGGGACUGCUCGUUCACGUGAAGGGACUUCACGUUGUUGACGCCAUGUUGCGUUCUCAGUCACAAGGAAGGACUAUGGUUUUGCUUUCUGCCAGCAUUGACGCCGUUGCCCCAGUGCCAUGUGAACUGAAGCUCGAGUCCGGCCGUUUCAUCCGCUAUGUUGCUCCCAAGGAUGCGAAUCCUCGCAAAGAAGUAGUUUGUGGCGGAAUCUUUGAGGAAGUAAAGCUGCCGCAGAGAAGAAAAAGCAGUGGAAAUGAUGGUAUUGAUCUGACAAUAUGUUGGGAAGGGGUCAAUUCGCUUUGUCAAGUACUUGAUGCCAUCGUCGAAAGUGAAAUGGAAACGGACUUCUUUGAGCAGAAGAGUGUUCUCGAAAUCGGAUUUGCAACUGGCUUACCUUCGGUCUACGCCUACGAAAAUGGCGCUGCCGAUAUCACUCUUCACAGUGCUUCGAAAUCUUCCUUACAAAUGUACUGCAAACCUACUUUACGGAGGAAUGCGAUCUCUGAGAAUAAGUGCAAGUUCUCCAGCGGAGAUCUCAGUCAGAUGAGGAAGGCGAUCGGCGGCAAGCGAUUCGACGUUAUUCUGGCCGCUGAACUGCUGAAUCGUGGAGAGGAUGAGUUCGAGAUGGUUCACCAAAUCCUCGACGAAGCUCUCAGUCACGACGGCAUCUGUUUGCUAUCCAGUCCCUCUCACUAUUUCACCGUUGAUAGCAGUCUGGCUAGUUUCCUAGACCUUGUCAAAAGGCACAGACAGUUCGAUGUCAUAGAGCGAUGGAGCUCACCUCGUACAGAUGUCGUGCAGCGAAAGGUUAUUCAACUGACGCGAUCUCUUUGCUGA